GCGGGAGGCUGUGGAGCUCAGAGGCUACGGACGCCCUCCGGCUCCGCGUCCCAUCCGGCCUCAGCUCCAACCCCGCCAGCCCACCGAGAUUAGGAAGUGGCUGCCUGAACUAUUAAUAUUUCCCAAAAGAUACACGUUACAAAUCAUUGAAUACAGCCGCUCACCAAGAAGAUCCUAUUGAUUUGCGGGGAACACAACUUCCAGCAGCCACAAGGGAUGGUGCUACUCAGGUGCCAACUGAAACAAGUACCUCCACAGAAGGUUUCUUGUAGGUUCUAUGCUGGGAUGGGGAAACUACAAAGCAAACUCAAACAUGGCACUUAUAAAUACAGCAGGCCUGAUGGAAUUAUAGAAGAGAGAAUUCAAACUAAAGCUUUUCAAGAGUAUAGCCCAGCUCAUGUGGAUACCGUCUCUGCUGUUGCUGCUCUGAACUCAGACCUUUGUGUCUCCGGAGGAAAAGAUAAGACAGUUGUGGCCUAUAAUUGGAAAACUGGAAAUGUGGUGAAAAGAUUCAAAGGACAUGAACGUGAAAUCACCAAGGUAGCCUGUCUUCCCAAAUCAAACCAGUUCUUCAGUGCCUCUCGGGACAGGAUGGUCAUGAUGUGGGACUUGCAUGGUUCCUCACAACCAAGGCAGCAGUUGUCUGGCCAUGCCAUGGUGGUCACUGGAUUGGCUGUGGGUCCAGACUUCUCACAGCUGUGCACUGGCUCUCGGGACAACACCCUGCUUCUGUGGGAUGUGGGGACUGGACAGUGUGUGGAGAGAGCGUCUGUCUCCAGGAACGUGGUCACUCACCUGUGCUGGGUUCCCAGAGAGCCAUAUAUACUACAGACCUCUGAGGAUAAAACCGUCAGAUUAUGGGACAGUCGGGGGCUGCAGAUAGCUCAUGUGUUUCCCGCAAAGCAGCACAUUCAGACCUACUGUGAAGUCAGCGUGGAUGGACAUAAGUGUGUCUCCUGCAGCAGCGGCUUUGGAGGCGAAGGCUGUGAGGCCACGUUGUGGGAUCUAAGACAGACACGGAAAAGAAUAUGUGAAUAUAAAGGGCAUUUCCAGACCGUUGCAUCCUGUGUCUUCCUACCAAGAGCAUUGGCCUUGAUGCCUGUAAUUGCUACCUCAUCACAUGAUUGCAAGGUGAAGAUUUGGAACCAAGAUACUGGAGCCUGCCUUUUCACCUUGUCUCUGGAUGGAUCUGGACCUUUGACUUCCCUGGCUGUUGGUGACACCAACUCCUUAUUGUGUGCAAGUUUCAACAGAGGAAUUCACUUACUCAGAGUGGACCACAGCCAAGGGCUGGAACUGCGGGAAGUGGCAGCAUUCUGAGACCAAGAGACACUCACCGGACAAUAUCAAACUGUGGCCCUUC